AUGGACUCAGGAAAUGGAAAGGCCAUGGGAAGCUUGACAGGAAAUAGCAUAGGAGUAGUGGCAAAAAGGCAAAGGAUUUGGAGAAUUUUCGAAGCUCUUGGAAUCAUGGCUUUUGCCUACUCUUCUUCCAAAGUCCUCUUUGAAGUUCAGGACACGUUGAAGUCGCCGCCAUCUGAGGAGAAGACAAUGAAGAAAGUGUCCCUGGUGAGUGUUGGAGUAACAACCUUGUGCUUCAUGUUGUGUGGAUGUGUUGGUUAUGCAGCCUUUGGUGACAUGUCUCCAAACAAUCUUUUAACCGGUUUUGGGUUGUAUAACCCUUACUACUUACUUGACAUUGCCAAUGUUGCCGUUGUGGUUCACCUUGUACGUGAGUACCAAGUCUCUUGCCAACCAAUCUUUGCCUUUAUCGAGAAGCAAGCUUUGGUUCGGUUUCCCUCUAGCGACUUCAUCGCAAAAGAUAUCGGUUUCCGCAUCCCGGGUUUUAAACCCACAAGUUUCAAUCUUUUCAGGUUGAUAUUCAGGACGGUGUUUGUGAUGAUAACCACCUUGAUCUCAAUGGUUCUUCCGUUCUUCAACGACGUGAUUGGUCUGGUCGGAGCACUCGGAUUCUGGCCGUUGACUGUGUAUUUUCCAGUGGAGAUGUAUAUUGUGCAGAAGAAGAUACCCAAGUGGAGCAAGAUGUGGGUUUGCCUUCAGUUCUUCAGUUUCGCUUGUUUGGUCGUGACUAUUGCCGCCGCUGCAGGUUCAGUCGCAGGAGUUGUUUUUGAGCCCAAGCCUUACAAGCCCUUCAAAAUGGAUUAA